GUUAUGUUUCGAAUCGGGCGAGAAUUUCACUUUUCACGUACUUAAUGUUCAGUUAACACAAAAAAAAACAUGCCUGCGGGAGUUUCUUUUACACCAAGAAGUAUCUGUGCCUUCAUAGCACUCGGAUUAGUUCGAGGGACAUUCUCCAUAGCGAUUUACUUCGCAGACAAAUCAUACAAGUCUUCAAGUUUGGUAUUCUUGUUGCGAACUCCCGGAACUAUAAUACUCUACGUCCUGUUGGCGAUAUUUAUGGCUUGUAGAGAUAGAGAGAGCAGACAUAUUUUUUCACAGAAUCUUCGAAAUGGUCAAAAUUAUUGGAAAUCUGCUAUUAUGGGAUUUGUGCAGCUCGCUGCUCCGUAUUUAUUGUUUAUGUAUGGUCUGAAAGUUCUUAGUCCGACUGCUGGUGGAGUGUACAUGGCUGCUGCGCCGUGGUUAGCGACUAUUUUAGAAAGAUUUCCUUGUAUAAAGUAUAAGUCAGGAAUGACUCCUUUAAAGAUACUGGCACUAUCGAUAGGCUUYACUGGAGUCAUUAUAGUUUCAGUAGCAGACAUACAGCUGGCAUUAGGCUCUGAUGGCAGCUGUAACUGGAUAAAAGUCAAUGGAACUGGCAAUAUAAUAACCAAAAACCAUACCAAYAGGAGUACUCCUGCUCARCAUAAAUGCACAAAAUAYACCUCAACACAAGUAUGUUUGUCUUUGUUAGCACUUUUUGGUGGCUCCUUGAUGUGGUCUGUUAGUUCAGUGUUUUGGAGAGCUAAAAGAGGUGAAAUUCAUUACRUAAUGGCAGGAGUAUGGAAUAACACUUUUGCUGGACUCUAUGCAUUAGCAUUCUGGCUUGCUUUGAGAAAUUAUGAACAAGAAAAUUUUUGUAAUAUCAAUAUAAUAUUAUUAUUUGACAUCACUCUCUCAGGGCCUGCUGCAACAAAUAGAGUGUUAUGUUUAGUGCCACUGUUUACAUGGAUAGAGGACUGGAUGCUUGUGAGACGGUUCAAGGAAUAUAAUGAUAAUACGAUGCUGAUAGCUUUAGAAGUCAUAGGACUAGUACUGACAUUCUCAGGCCUUAUAACAUCRAGUCUGGAAAUGGAGAAUAUACAUAGUUCUCUACAAGCACCCCUUCUUGCACCAACUUCAGRAUCAAAUGAAAGAGAUUAUGGCCCAUUURAUGGCAGCUAUCGAGGGUUAGAUGAYGGAGGUACAUCAGAGGAAGAAAUUGACACAGGAAGACAUCAGCCAUCAAGUCCCUUUCCACCACUGGUUGAAGUCAAACCAGAUGAUUAAAAAAGUGUUGAUUAAAAUUUUUUUAACUUUUUUACUAUGGACCGAUGGACCUCAAUGAUUGAGUGAUUUUCAUUGGACUGUGAAAUAGUUCUUAGACAGGGUAAUAGAUGCAAGUAGACUCUACACCCAUUGUUUUCUUUUAUUAGAGUCAUUUUCGUCCRUCUGUGAAAUUGGCCGAUAACAAAACGAAAAAGGGACUGGGUACGAACUKUCAAAUCUAAUUAAAUAAUGGUUCCAGAGAGAAUAACCCCAUCAUGUGAAAGAGCACCUUAUAAAAGGCUUACUGAAUAAGUUUCAUGAUGUUUGAACUUAUAGCAAUAAAGUUACGGACAUUCAAACCAUGCCAAAAUUACAAAGAAAUGUAUGGCGUCCAGCCAAAGCGUCCAGCCAAACAUACAUUCUUUGUAAUUUUCGAAAUUUUUGAAAAAUUAUAUUCCCAAUUCUAAUGACUUAAACUUGCUCAAACUUUWAAGUUUAGCUAAUUUAUAUGUGCUUUAUCHAUCAACAACAGAUUUCUGUAAGAUUGUAGCACUUUUAAAAUUUUCAGUCCCAGGCCCCUGCUCGUUUUGUUUGUUAUCGGCUAAUAGGAAUUGUACUGUUAAAUACUACUACCCCCUAUUAGCUCCCAAUAGUUUAACUUAUGACAUGGAACAAACAAAUUAGGCAAACAUGGUUUUGAUUUUGCCUUUUGGUAGCCUAGAGUGCUCG